AUGGCUCGCCCACUUCAUAGCGCACCACCCUUCCGGGCCGAACAACUAGGCUCUUUGCUGCGUCCAAACGACCUGCUGGAAGUGCGGACCAAAAUUCGGGAGACGGGGAUCUCGGCAGAGGAGGCCGGUCUUCCUGCUGUUGAGAAGAAAGCCAUUCGUGAUGUGGUCCAACUGCAGCGUGAUCUCGGAUACAAGGCUGUCACAUCGGGAGAAUUCAAUCGCACUCGUUUCUGGGGACUGAUGUGGGAUGAGUUUCAAGGCAUCACCCGUCUGCUGGAUGCCGAGUCAUCCAUGUUCCGCUUGUACCAUCCUGACGUUGUCAGUUUGAUUGAGAAGGGCCGUAAGGUGAUGCCUGGCGAAUCAGUCAUUGCAGGCUCCAAGCUGUCCUGGAGUGCCGAGCACUCCACUUCAAACAUCCAUGAGCUCAAGCUUGUUCAGGCAGCUCUGCCCGAAAGCGAAUGGGCGAACAUCAAGCUCACCAUGAUUACCCCCUCUUGGUUCCACAUGCGGUACAAGCAAGGCAAGGCAUACAGCCCCGAGGCGUACGCCAACGACGAAGAGUACUUUGCCGACGUGGCCAAGGUCUACCAAGCCGAGUUGGACGCUCUGUACAAGGCCGGUCUCCGAAAUGUGCAGUUCGAUGACCCAGGAAUGGCGUACUUUUGUUCCAAGAGCUUCCGUCAGGGCUGGGAAGAAGACAAAGACAACAUUGGCACCGCGGACGAUCUUUUCGACGCCUACGUCAAGUUGUACAACGAUUGCCUGGCCAAAAUUCCCGCUGACAUGCAUACCGGUAUUCACUUGUGUCGAGGCAACUUCAUCGGCGGCCGCCAUUUCUCCGAAGGCUCAUACGAUAUCAUCGCAAAGAAACUGUUUGAGAAUCUCCACGUCGACACCUUCUACCUCGAGUAUGACACGGAGCGGGCUGGCGGAUUCGAGCCCCUGAAAUACUUGCCCAAGAACAAGAACGUCGUGGUUGGAGUCAUCAGCACGAAGCUUCGUGAGCUGGAGGACAAGGAGGCGAUGAAGGAGCGUGUCUACAAGGCUGCCGACUUUGUAGCCUCCGGUAGUGGUGAGACCCGCGAAGAAGCUUUGAAGCGUGUCUGCAUCAGUCCGCAGUGCGGUUUCAGUACCCAUGAAAGCGGCUACCCCUUGAGCUUCGAGGACCAAAGCAAAAAGCUGAGUCUUGUCCGCCAAGUCGCGGACGAGAUCUGGGGAGAAGCAUAA